GUGUGCACUUGACACGCGUACGGGGAGUAGACAGAGUGGAUGCGAUGUUUCCUCUAGUAUUGUAUUAUUACAGAGGUUUUGGUGAAUAUACGUAGUCGUCAUCGUAUUCUGCGUAACUUUGUUUAUUACAGAAGUGAACAAUGUUUUUCAAGAAACACUCGAUUGGGUUUCGGCUACUGCUAUUGGUGACAAUCAGUCUUUGUCUCUUUGUGCUGUACAAUCAGAUGUCACAAAGAUUAAUAACCAACCAAAAAACACAUAAGGACGAGGAUGGUAACGCCCGCUUCCAAUUUAGCAACAAGAACUGGCCGAAAGAAACUGAAGAGUGCACCCCACAGCGGAACAUUGCCUUCUUAAAAAUGCACAAAUGCGGUAGCAGUACGGUGCAGAACAUUCUAUUCCGCUAUGGUGACCAACACAACCUGGAUUUUGUCAUGCCGCCUAUUGAUAACCUUUUUAUGAAAGGCGCGUUCUUCGACAAGGAUCACAUGAUCGAUUUCUCACUUAAAAAAUAUAAUAUUCUGUGCCAUCAUACCCGCUUCAGUGCAGCAGCGUUUGCAGAAGUUCUGCCGUCGGAUGCCGUGUACAUAACAGUUCUCCGCGACCCAGUCGAAAUGUUUGAAUCUGGUUUUACUUACCACAAACUUGCCACAAGUGUUGGUCUUCCUGAGGACGGUGGACUCGAAAUGUUUCUGCGCAUGCCCAGGUUUUACUACAAACAAGUAUAUCACUCUGGGGCAUUCUUUAAGAACCCUAUGCUUUUUGAUUUGGGACUCAAGAGCAUCGAGCAGUUCUACCCAAAACUCAUCAAGAAGAAAAUAUCCAAACUGGAGAAACAAUUUGACUUGGUCAUGCUCACUGAAUACUUUGACGAGUCCUUGAUACUCCUUCGUCAUUUGUUGUGCUUGGAGAUUGACGACAUAGUGUACUUCGUUCUCAAUGCACGGAGUGAGUCGUCAGUGAAAACGAUCUCUUCGGAUAUUGCCGAGAAAAUUCGGGAGUGGAAUGCUGGCGACGUUGAACUCUACAGCGUUUUCAAUCAAACUUUCUGGCGGAGAGUUGAGGAAUUUGGAAUGGAGAGGAUGAAAGCGGAAGUGAAGGAAUUGAGGGAGAGGAAUCAAUAUUUUAUUGAUCAAUGCAUCGAUAAAUUAAUAGAUGACGACUCUCAGGUAUGGCAUCCCCCAGGGAUUAAGAUCAAUAGUAUUCAACUGAAAGAUGGGGCCAGCCGAAAGUGUAGACAGAUGGCUUUAUCUGAGAUCCCUUACACCGACAAACUUAGGUAUAUCCAACUAAAGAAAUAUAACAUCACCCUGAGUGGUAAUGGUUUAACGUAACAUUCCCUAUUAUCAAUUGGAGUAAAUUUUGAGGGUUGAACGAAGAAUAGUUUACAACUGUUGGACUUGAACCUGCGACCUCCGCAUUAACAUGGCGGUGCUCUACCAACUGAGCCCCCUAGCCCUAUAUGGACCG